AUGGCUAGUAGACAAAAUGACAAACUAAAAAUUGAAACAGGGAAAACAAAACAAUUAAUUGAAAAUUUUCUAUAUUCAAAAAAAAUAAAUUACAUAGAAAAAAAAAAACCAUUAGAUAUUUUCCAAAAAAAUACAAAUGACAUAAUUAAAAAUUCAAAUAAAAACAUUUUAUUUAAUUUAAAAAAUACUGAGGCUGAUUCAAAAGUUAAUGCUUUGUAUAAAUUAAAUAAAGAAGCUUUUUAUGCAAAUAAAAUAAAAUAUAAUUCAAAUUUACAAAUUAAAAAAUACACACUAAAAGAAAUUCUUCUAAAAGAGAAGAGUAAUAAAUAUUCUAAUAUAUUAAAAAAAAAAUUUCUAGAUGAAAUAAUAAAGAAAAAAAUUGUGGCAAAAAACAAUAAAAAAAGUAUAGAUAAUAUUUCAUUUAAACUAAAUAUAGAUAAUUCAAAAAAGGGUGUUAAGAAAUUCUAUAAAAUAAAGAAUCCAAAUAAUCCUUUUUUCAAAGGAGAAAAAUCUGUUUCUUAUAUUACGGAAGGAAUAAAUAAUACUAAUAAUAUAGAUAGGAAAAAAUUACAGCAAAAUAUUAAAGAGGAUGCAAAAAUUUAUUGUUGCACAUAUUUUAAAGAAUUAAUUAAGAGUAGACACACAAAUAUAAUAAAAUUAGAAUACCAUUUAAAAAAUAUAGAUAAAUCCCAAAAAAAUUUAAAGGAAGUUAAUAUAUAUUAUGGCACAAUGGAUAAUAAUAAUGAUUAUUGUAGUAAUAUAAGUGAAGUUAUCUCUAAUAAUAAGAAUAAGAGUAAUAAUAUUUAUGCUAAUAAUUCAUAUAAUUAUGAUAAUGACAAAGAAAAAAUAACAAAAAAUAGUGCAUCUGUUGAAAAAAUAAUAAAAUACAAUGAUGAAGAAUUAAAAAAGAAAUUUUAUAAAAGAGAAGAUAAUGAUAAAACCUCAAUAGUGAAUUUUUCUGAAAAAUAUUAUGAAAAUAUGUCUUCAAAAUAUAACAAAAAUAAUGUAAGUAUUAACAUUAGUAAUAAUUAUAAUGAUAAAAACAAUAGUAAUAAUAACACUAAAAGCAAUAAAAAAUUAGUUUAUAAUAAUAAUAGUAAUAUAAAUAUUAAUAAUAUUAAUAAUAAUAAUAAUAAUAAUAAUAAUAAUAUUAUCAAUGGUAAUGAAAGUAAUAGUAAUGAUAUGAAUUCACUGAAAACAAAAAAUGAUUUGGAAGAAAAUAAAUGGAUUGAAAUCGAAAAAACUUAUCAUUUUUGGGAUGCUUUAAAAAAUAAUUUUAGAAAUGUAUUUUUAAUAAAAUCAGAUGAUAAUAAAGAAAACAAUGAUGAUGAUUUAAAGAUAAAUGAAAAUAAUAAUUACGAAAAUAAAGAAAAAAAUAAUACAAUAAUAUCAAAAAAGGAAAAAAAAAAAGGUAAUUAUAAAAAAUGUUUUCCAUUAUCUAUAGAUUCUUAUGUAAAAUGUUUGAAUUUUUUAAGUGUAGAUAGGAUUUUAGAAUGUGAAAUAUUAAAUAAAUUAACUAGUUAUGUAAUAAACAAUCGAAUAAAUGUUUUUACUCAUAUUAAAAAACUAAACUUGGAUGAAAAAUGGUCCAAAUUACCAAUUUAUAAAAGACAAUUUUAUUUGCAUCAAAUGAAGAAUGUUAAACAUAUUAAAACAUCAGAAAAAAUUUAUUCAGGAAAUGGGAUAUAUAUACAUGAAGUUGCUGCGAUAAUAUUUCAGAAUGUAUCUAAUUUAAAAACAUUAGAAUUAUUAUCACCAGAAUACUUCAUGAAUGACAAUACACCUCGACAUGAACCUUUUGCUUUAUGUCCUUCAGUUUUCGAAAAGUUAGAAAAAUUAACUAUCAUUGGAUGUCAAACAUUAGAAUGGCUACAUAUUUUUCGCAAUUGUUCAUUUCCAUUAUUAAAAAAGUUUGAGGUUUGCUAUUAUCCGUUACACCAUGACCAUUGGUUUUGGGAGUUUAUUUUUGAUUUCACGACAUUAGGUUUACAAGGUUUAUAUAAAAUGUUAUACACAAUGGAAAAUCUUCAAAAAUUAAUUAUAGGAUUUGAUGUUUUGUUUGAUAGCAUUGAAGGAGAUUUAUAUAAUCCUAUAGAUAGUCACAGAAAUGUACUACAAGAAUAUAGUAUUAUUAAUAAUAGUAAUCAACAAUUUAAUAGUUCAUAUAUUCCUCCUGCCAAUGGGAAUCCAUCAAGAAAAUACAAAAGCUACAGAGGAAGAUUAUGUGAAGAAGAUUUUAGUGAUAUUUUUACUAUCGCUUAUUACAUAUCAGGAAAGUGUGGGAAAUUAAAAAGGAUUAUGAUAAAGUAUAGAAAUUCAUAUGAUUAUUAUGAUGAUGAUAUAGAUAGAGAUGAAUCACUUAAUGAAUUUUUUUCUGAAGCUGCAAAUACUGCAUCUUCUUAUUAUAAUUAUGUUCUUAACUGGUUUAGGUUUCCAGAUGAAAGAAUUUCAAGAGAUUAA